AUGAAUUGUAGUGUCUUCGCUUAUUAUGUUGAAUAGACAUUGCCAAAUUAUGUUCAAUAGAAAUUAGAGGAAUGCUUUGUAUAAUUGGAUAAUAAUUAAAACAUAAUAAUGUGUGUUGACAUGAUAUGUUAAUAGAUUGAAUUUUGUCGGAAAUUGUGCAAUCGAUUAUAAGCAUAAAAAUAAUUAUUAAUAUUGAUAAAAUUGUUGGAGUAAUAAAUAUAUCCGAUUAAAGAUGCUGAAAAAAAUAAUACGCAUCUACUCUCUAUUUAAGAUGUUUAUGUAUUUCAAAUAAUACUAAGAUUACUUUGUAUAAUGAUUUAAUUUGAAUCCAAAAAAUAUCAGGAUAAUUUUGAUGAUGAUUAAACAGAAAAGUAAGUGAUAAUUAAAUAAAAUUUAGAUUUAGUAAUGAUUUAGUAAAGGGUUUGUUAAUAUUAAGAACUAAUUAAGCUAAUUAAUUAGACAUGUAAUUAUUAGAAAUUUUUCUAAAGUUGAAUUCUAGAUCUAUUUUAUUUUAUAAGUAUUUAAUAAAAUGGAGUGAAUAAUUUCAAUUGAGAAAUUGUUUAUCAUCAUUAAAAAAAUUAAAAUAGCAAUUAAAAAAAAAACAAAGAGUUUAAAUAAUUGAAAAAAGACUAUAAGUAGACACUAUUAAAUAAGAAUCAAAAGGUGAAUGCUCUAAUUCAUUUUUUGAAUAAAAUGAUUUUAGAAUUAAAGAUAAAAGGUUAUAAAUGAUAAUGAAAGUAAAUUAACCAAAAUAAGAACAGCAAUAUAUAUCAUUUUAGGAUAUAUUGAAAUAGAAAGAAAACACUAAAUUUAUUAAUACUACAGAGUCAACUCUAAGUCGACCAUCUCUGAGUAAAAGAACGAUAAAUGGCGGUAUUAAUGGAAAAUACAAAGUAUUUAUUAUAUAUAAAUAUAAAGUUAGGAAAUGAUAUAAAAAUUGUAAGAAAAGCCACGCCUUCAAAUACUAAGAAAAAUACAAAAACAGAAAUUUAGCCCUUUUAAAUUUUAUAAUAAUAAUAUUAAUUAGAAUUUUGUAGAGAGGUAAGUAGGAAGCUCCUGAAAUUAGAAUAGAAGAAGAAAAUGAAUUGGAACAAUUAGUAUUUGGCUGCAGAAACUGAAUCUGAUAGUGGUUUUAAUUGA